GUCGUGGGUGCUUCCGCAAAGAUGGCGGCAGUGGUUACUGGGACCGGUCGGCUGGCGGCCUGGGUUAGUAGGCUAUGGCGUGGAGUGGCUGCCGUCCGGUGGGCUGUGCGGGUGUCUGGCCCCGUGGUGGCGUCAACGGCCAGCGUGGCACUUGCAGGAGCGGGAAUGGCGUGGUACCACGGCCACGUGAAUGUGGCUACGCCGCAGGGCCUACUCACUGUCCUAGCGCAGGAAAAUGCUGACUGUGGAAAGAUGAUGGAGAAGUCUCCUCGUAAACAGCGCUUCAUGCAGUUUUCUUCACUGGAACAUGAAGGAGAAUAUUACAUGACACCACGAGACUUUCUCUUUUCAGUAAUGUUUGAACAUGUGGAACGUAAAACUUCCGUCAAGAAGCUGACAGAAAAGGAUAUCCAGGAUGUACUAGCAGCAAUCCAAAGAACUCGUUGUGGAUCAACCUUUUUUAGAGACCUUGGUGAUAAAGGAUUAAUUUCAUAUACUGAGUAUCUCUUCUUGCUUACAAUCCUCACUAAACCCCAUACUGGGUUUCAUGUUGCUUUUAAAAUGCUAGAUGCAGAUGGUGAUGAGAUGGUUGAGAAAAAAGAAUUUUUUAAGCUGCAGAAAAUCAUAAGUAAACAGGAUGACUUGAAGACAGUAACUAAUGAAACAGAAUGCCAGGAGCCAAAAGUGAAAGAACCUGAAAUUAACACAACCCUUCAGAUAUGUUUCUUUGGAAAAAGAGGAGAAAGAAAACUUCAUUAUAGAGAAUUUCGAAGGUUUAUGGAGAAUCUACAGACGGAGGUCCAAGAAAUGGAGUUCCUUCAAUUCUCUAAAGGUUUGACUUUCAUGAGAAAAGAAGACUUUGCGGAGUGGCUCCUUUUCUUCACUAACACUGAAAAUAAAGACAUUUAUUGGAAAAAUGUGAGAGAGAAGUUGUCAGCAGGAGAGAGUAUUAGUCUGGAUGAAUUCAAGUCAUUUUGUCAUUUUACAACCCACUUGGAAGACUUUGCAAUUGCCAUGCAGAUGUUUAAUUUAGCUCAUCGCCCUAUCAGACUAGCAGAAUUUAAGAGAGCUGUGAAAGUAGCUACAGGACAGGAGCUCUCAAACAAUAUUUUGGACACUGUCUUCAAGAUCUUUGAUUUGGAUGGUGAUGAAUGUCUUAGUCAUGGAGAGUUCCUUGGGGUGUUAAAAAACAGGAUGCACCGAGGUUUAUGGGUACCACAACAACUAAGUGUUCAAGAAUACUGGAAAUGUGUGAAAAAAGAAAGCAUCAAAGGAGUAAAAGAAGUCUGGAAACAAGCUGGAAAAGGUCUUUUUUAGGAAAAGAUCAUGUGGGAAUUUUGCUCCAGAACCAGAUGUUUAUCUUCUUAAGUCUUCAUUGAUUUCCUUUGUAAUACAAAGACACCUUGUAUUUGCUUUCUGAUUCAAUAAUUUCUUAACAAGAUUUUAUUAACAAACUUAGUAAAAAGAAAGUAUACUUUUAUGAAAACAGACACUGGAUUCUGUGAGAGGGCCUAGGAAUGAAGUAAUGCUUUGUACUGAUACAAUGGAAAACCUAGUUAUUCACUAAUUUCUUAGACACAAUAGCACAAUAUGCUCUCAGAAGGAUCAACAAGAACUUAACAGGAACAAGUAACUGAUACAGAAACUUAGAGAAACAAGUAUUGAUAUCACUUUUAUAAGCCCUGAUGUCCCUAGAAGAGCAGAUUAAGUUAACAUUUAAGGUUUUCUCAUGUAUAUUUUAUCUCACAUAAAUUUCUUGUACAUUUUAUUUCAGUGAGCUAUAUAUGAGUUGUCUUUAAAAUAACAUGUAAAUUUCAACAUUGGACCUAGAAACAGAAUAAAUUAUUUAUAAAGAUACAAAAA